AUGGAAGAUCAAGAACAGGAUCAAACCAACCAAGCGAGCCAUGGGUCGGAGAGUAGUGAGAGAAAUGAACCAGUUAGGUCACGGUGGACUCCCAAACCAGAGCAAAUCCUCAUACUUGAGUCCAUCUUCAACAGUGGGAUGGUGAAUCCUCCAAAGGAUGAAACCGUCAGAAUAAGAAAACUCCUGGAAAAAUUCGGUUCUGUGGGUGAUGCAAACGUCUUCUACUGGUUCCAAAAUCGUCGGUCCAGGUCCCGUCGCCGGCAACGACAAAUCCAAGCUAGUCUCAGCGGUGAAGUACAAGUACAGACCAGAACUGCUGGUGCAACUGCAACUGCUAUUCCUUAUGAAACUAGUUGCUGUGCUGGUUUUUCAAAUUCCAUGUCUUUUCUUCCGCUGUCUGCAUCAGCAUCAUCAGCAUCUUGUCUAGGUGGUUCCUCUUCAGCUUGUGGGAUUAUCAACAAUGAUUGUGCUAAUGACCUUUUUGCAAUUUCAGGCCAAAUUGGUCAGCCAGAAAUUGCACAAACUUCAUCAAGCAUCAAUCCCCGUUCGCAUUAUCAAUCUGGAUUAAUAUCAGUGUUCAUCAAUGGAGUUGCAACGGAGCUCCCGAGAGGACCAUUUGAUCUGAGGGCAACUUUUGGCCAGGAUUUCCUAUUAUUUCACUCUUCAGGAGUCCCGGUGUCUGUCAGCGAAUAUGGGUUCCUCUUGGAAAGCUUGCAGCACGGCGAAAGCUACUUUCUGGUUCAAAGACCAGUUUAGCAUGAUCAAGCAUUUAACA